AUGUCCAACGACACCACAGAUGCACGUAAGAUGCACGUCAACGCACCAGCCAAGGGCCGCUCUGCAGCAAAAGCAUCCGGCACAGCGACGCCGUCCUCUAACUCAGUAGCCGAGGAUGCUCAUGGUCUAUCAGUUGACUCGAAGAUUGAUGCUCAUGCAGGAGGAGAUACAUCCAGCGUCACAUCGGCCAACAACAACGACGAUGGCUCGUCCACGCCGAACAGAGCCUCUUCUGAGUCAACCUGGGACACCAAGUCGCAGAACUCUGACCGUCCAGCUAAAGCAGAUGGCACCGAGUCCAAGACUGAGGCAACCGAGGCCAAAGGAGAGACAUCCAAGCAACAGAAACCCAAGCUCCGCGAUGCCCCUCCACCGACCGUGAACAUCUGGCAGCAAAGAGCAUCGACCAUGACUCACGCUAAGCCAACACCAUCGGCCCACACUACCACCAACGGCAAGCAGGAGAGAAAGGCCGAGAAGGCGAAGAACACAGAUGCNAAGAAGCCCGUCGCUGCUAGUACGAGAAAUCGUGAGCAACGUCAGACCGCAGAGGUACCCAAAUCCCGCGGAAAUGCUUCAGCUCUUCCACCAACCAGCGAUGUUGCCUGGCCUACCAUGGAGACCGCUCGCGAGGAGGAACGCAAGAAGACACAAGUGCAAGAGGAAAAGGCGUCAAAGGACACCAGUAACGCACCGACUACCAAGAAGACCGAAUGGGUUAACAUGCCUUACGUGCCUACAGCUGUCNNUUUUGAGACGACUUUGCCCACCAGGGGAGCCCCUCGUCCUAUUCGUGGAGGUGCGCGUGGUGGAAGCAGCCUGACUGGUCGUACUCCUUACCAAAAUGGUCAAAACGGAGACAAGCCUGCGUCAAAAUCUGCAGAUGCCACCCAGGAACAGAUUGCCGCUGCAAAUGCCGAGGCAGACCGCGAAUCUAUGCCUCCUCCACCUAAACCUGUCAAAGUCGAAGAGUCCAAGGAUACCUCGACCAACGGCGUGUCUCAUGAAAGUCCUGCCAUUAACGGCGCUCCCAAGCGUCAUCCAUCUGCUCGUCGCAACAAGUCUCCUCGCAAGUUUGAGACGACCGGCCGCCGUCCAUCCGCUGCUUCGAUCAACAAUGACGCUCCCAACGGAACUCACCCCGAGGCUACAAAGAUCGCCAAUAAGGAGCGUACCUUCGAUAACCCUACGCCGUUCCGCGAGACCAAGGGAGGCAAGCGCGGAAGGGGCGGUCACCGUGGCGGCCUUAGCAACGGGCACUUCUCUUCUCAAAACUACGCCAAUGGCUUCCCUGGCGAUUUCACUCCUGCAGCUCCUUCGUUCCCUCCUCGCGGCGGUCAUUACCCCCAGCAGAGCCGUGGUGGCUUCCGUGGCGGUAUGCGCUCGCAAUCCAUUCCUUUCGAUUAUGGCCGUGGCCAGUACCCUGGCUACCCCAUGAUGGCUCCUCAAGGCUUUAUGCCUGAUUAUUAUGGUGGCUACAUGGCACCUGUCCCUGCUUAUCAACCCGGUGCAGAGCAGAUGUAUCUUGUACCCGCAAUCUCACAGCAAAUUGAGUACUACUUCUCCUUGGAUAACCUAGUCAAGGACACUUUCUUCCGCAAACACAUGGACUCUCAGGGAUUCGUCUUCCUGACCUUCGUUGCUGACUUCAAUAGACUGAAGUCUUUGACCACAGACUAUGAGCUUCUGAAGUAUGUCUGCCUUCACUCACCGAACAUCGAACUACGCACUGGUCAAGACGGAAAGGACCGUCUACGAAAAGCCGGCGAUUGGGAGAUGUGGGUUUUGCCCAUGGCCGAGCGUGAUGUUUCUGCCCAGAACGACGGCCCGGUAUCAUUCGAGCGCCCUCCUGUUCCACACAUCGGAAUGGUUGCACCUUUCUACCCUGGUGGCAUGGAACAGUUUGCCGAGAACGCUGGUUUUGAGGAGUUCAGAGGCCGCCAAGCGAAGUCGCCUCACCGCGAGAAUGGCUUGUCGCCACUGGGCAGCUAUUUCAUCCCUGCCGAGGACAUGGGUGGUGAGCCAGACAACUUCCCCAACACACAGAUUGACAACUUGACUGUUGUCGUCCGCAAGCAUGAAGAACCUCCUCGUCGUGCUCCAUACCACACUGCGGGAUCUAGAACCUUUUCCGAUGGAUCUAUUGAUUCGAAGAACAUCUAUGAGGAAGUUCAAAAGACAAAGGCUCAGGAGAAGAAGCCUCAGACCAAUGAGUCGGAGCAGCAGGCCGCUACCGAUGGCGAUGCAACAGCUGCAACUGAUGGUCCUGCAGUAACACUGUUCUGGGUUAAGGAUCAGAAUUCGCCCGUCGAUACCCUUCCCGAGGACACCACACAUGAGAUGUACAGCCACCUCCGCGGCAAGGCCCUAUCGCAGCGUGAAGUUGCAGCCACAGGCACUUGCCCUUAUGACAUGGAUGUUCUUUACCAGUUCUGGUCGCACUUCCUUAUUCGCAACUUCAACUCGAGCAUGUACGCCGAGUUCCGUCAUCUUGCUUUCGCCGAUGCUGCUCAGCGUCACAACUCUACCGGUAUUGAAAACCUUAUCAAGUACUAUAGUGAGGCAUUGGCCAGCCAGAUUCCCAUCCGCGAGCGCGUGGGACGUCACUUCAUUGAGCUUCUCCAGACUGAGAAGGCUGGUGGUCAGCGUGUAGCUUUCAACCAGCUUCGUGAAUCAUGGAGAAGCACAUCGUUUAACGUCAACAACCGCAAGAAGUUUAGCGACAUGAUCGAUGCCGAACUCAAGGCCGAGCUUGAGGCAUAA